CCUAAACUACAUCCUUUUUCUUCUUUUUUUUAAAUCCAUUUUUCUUUUGUUUUCUUUUGUUUGAUAUAUAUAUAUAUAUAUUGACUCCCCUGACAAUUUGUUUCUCUUAUAGUGACUGUCUUUCUUCUCUCAUGCAAAUAAAAAAACAACACCGUCCUUAUCUCACUCACUUCCCAUUUCUGGAAUACCAACAGCUAGCAGCCUUUUUUUUCUCAGUCACUGACACGAAGGGGUUUAAGCAAUAAACUGGUAGAUAUUCCUUUAGUUUCCUUCUUUUUUGCUCAUCAAAUAUUUUUGUUCAACAACUGGUUGUUGUUGUAGUAGUCUGCAAUCUCUCUGAAUGCUUUAUAUUUGUGUGCGGGUCUUUGUUUCUUGUGUUCUCUCAUGGCUUCUCUUCCUAUUUUCCUUGCUGGGUUCCUUGUUUUAUCUUGUAUGGCGAUUACAAUGCAGAGGAAUUUGGAUGAGAGUGAUAUUGUGAUGGAAGAAGGUGAGCUUUUGGGGCUUUUUGAUGUUAUAGGUUCACUUCUAGAUGAACCUGGUUGGGCUGAAGUGCACCCCGAGCCAUGCACCAACACUCCAUGGCCUGGGAUUGAAUGUGAGAUUGGCCAAGACCCUCCAAUCUUUCAUGUUACAGCUAUUCAUAUUGGCCCUGAUGUUGCCACCCCACCUUGUCAACCUUCAGCUAAAAUAUCAGAUUCCUUGCUUAAACUACCUUACCUUAGAACCCUCUCUAUUUUCAACUGUUUUGUAACUUCAACUGUUAUGUUGUCUCCUACAUUGUUUGGUGCAUUGUCUUCCUUGGAACACCUAUCACUUCAAUCAAAUCCAUCUCUAUCUGGAAAUGUUCCCCCAAGCUUGGGGAAUCUGACUAGGCUAAGGGUACUGAGCCUGUCACAGAACAAUCUACAAGGAAACAUCCCUGGUGAGCUUGGUUGGCUAGUCAACUUGGAGCAACUGGACCUAAGUUACAACAAUCUAAGUGGUGAAAUCCCUCAAGAGAUUGAAGGGCUAAAAACUUUAGCCAUUUUGGAGUUAAGCUCCAAUGAUCUUACAGGGGUGUUGCCAUUUGCUUUGGGUCAGCUUCAACAUCUUCAAAAAGUUGAUUUGUGCUCAAACAGGAUUCAUGGGAAGGUACCACCAGAGCUAGGGAAGCUAAACAGGUUGGUAUUGCUUGAUUUGAGCCAUAACUUCAUCAAUGGUCCAGUCCCUGAAACACUCUCAGGUUUGGACCAGGUACAGUACUUAAUAUUUGAUUACAAUCCCAUAAAUUCACUGAUUCCUUUAUUUAUGGGGUCCCUCAAGAGCCUUACAUCAAUCAGCUUCUCAGGAUGUGGGUUAAUAGGUCCAAUACCAAACUCCUUGUCAUCAUUGAAGAACCUCUCUGCCUUGUCUCUAGACAACAACACCCUCACAGGCACAAUCCCUUCAAAUUUGGGGUCACUUCCAAAUCUAGACCAGCUUAAUCUGAGUCAUAACAAGCUAAGUGGGGAACUACUACUACCACAGGAUUUCAUCAAUAGACUAGGCAAAAGGCUUGAUGUUAGAGGCAACAAUGGGCUAUGCAUAAGCUACCAUCUAGCCAGCAAUAUAUCCACGUAUCUUCAAACCAGGACUUGCUUGGGCAACGAAGGCAAGGUUGACAAUAUAACUUGUCCCCAACCUUAUGAUCUCAAAGGUAAAAAGCCAUCAUGGUACAAUGGCAGCAGAACCAGUUCAUUUGCUCCUUCCAAGGCCCCACAGCUCAUUUUAAUUUGCUUUCUUCUUUUCAACAUGCUAUCCUUCUUGUAAACAUUUCCACUAAUCUCAUGAAUCAACAUUUAUUUUGUCUAAUGACAAAUUAAACUAUAGAGUAUGAUGUUUUACAUAGGCUAUGAUGGGUCAUUUUCUUGCUAGGAAAAAAUGAAGAAGUUGGUGAAACUAGCAGAGUUGGGGGGCCAAAAAGUUAUUGCAUAAGGGUAGCAAUCUAUGUUGGCAUCCAGUGACAAAGCUCCAUCUCUGGUUGCCAGGUUCAUAAGUGUCAGCCUUUUAAAAAAGAGAAGCAAAAGUAUGUCGGAUCUGAUGUUUAAAUUGAACUGCAUAUUUCAGAAAUUUGGACAGGGGUAAAAUAAAGAUAUGGAUGUAUGUACUUGAUGAAUCUUUUCAAGAGAAAGAAAGAUGGGAGGGUAAUGUCCCUGGAUUAUCUAAACACCCUAAAUUAUAUCAUCAUUGUUCUUCUCAAUCAUGUUAAUGGAAUCCUAAGUUUUGGAUGAUAAUGUUAAAAGAUUACCUCUUUCUUUC